GUGGCGGCGGUGCAAGUGGCGGUGGUGUUGCUGGUGUUGCUGGAGGGGGAUCGGCCGAGGGUGACAGGUCGGGCAGGAUCCACGACGAGGACGACGAGGACAUCACCGAGAGGGAGGACGAGGAGGAAGACGAGGAUCCUUGCAGCUCGCCCGAACCGGACCUCGAAAACGAGCCGGAACCAAUGGAGGUCCAAGCGUCGGCCGUCACUGCGGCGGCCGCCAAUCUUCACGCGCUCCGGCAACAUGUAUUCAAAAUGUCCGACUAUUGGCAACAACCUCAACGGGGCCCGCCCCAACAGUCGCCCGGUAUACAGCACAGCCCUAUCUCGAACGCGGCCCAACAGCACCAACAGCAGGUGCAGCAACAGUUGCACAGCCCGCUCAGCCAGCAGCAACAACAACAGCAGCAGCAACAGCAGCAGCAGCAGCAGGCCGUGCAACAGGCGAACGCGGGUUCGGGGUUAGGGCAGACGACCAGUCCCCAACAAAUGCAGCAGCAGCAGCAACAACAGCACGCGAUGUCGAUCGGGCAGCAGACGGGUCAAGGGGGGCAGCAUCAAUCGUCCCCGGUGUCCACCACACCCUCGCCUCAGGCCGAUCAUCAGGGUGCCAUCGCGUCGAGCAUGGCCCAGAGCCUUCACAGCCUGGCACAGGCGCAACAGACAAUGUCCCAGGCCUCGAGCCCGUCGCUCGCCGUCCAAGCGGUCCAAGCGGCGCAGGCACUCAAUCAAAACUUGGGCCAAGCGUUGACGCAAGCGUUGACGCAGAACAUGCAACAAAACCUAGGACAAACAUUGCAGCACAAUCUCGCGCAAAGCCUCACCCCGAGCUUGUCGCCCCAGCAACAGCAACAGUUGCUCAACCAGCCGCAGAAUCUGAGCCAGGCCAGCCAGAGCCUGCAGCAGAACAUCCAGAGCCAGGCGCAGAAUUUGUCGCAAACGUUGCAGCAACAGGCUCAGAAUUUGACCCAGAACCUCGGCCAGAGUUUAAGCCAACAGGCGCUGCAACAACAGGCGGCGCAAAACCUCACGCAAAAUUUGCAACAGCAGGCGCAAAAUUUGACCCAGAAUCUGCAACAACAGGCGCAAAACCUGACGCAGAAUCUGCAACAACAGGCGCUCAACAUGGCGGGCAGCAUCGCUCAGAACGGUGCCCUCGCCGGGAUGAACAUGACGGCCAGCCAGCAACAAAAUUCUCAAAACUCGAUGCUGAGUCCGGGCGCGACGAGCCAGGACUCCCACGACGCCAGCCUCACGGAAAAACUCGUCAACGAGCUGCAGUCUCGUGCCUCUGCGGCGGGACUUGGAGGUGCGGGAGGCGCCGGCGGAGGCGGAGGAAUGGGCAACAUCAGCGAACGCACCCUCGAGGAAUGCUGGUCCACCCUGCAACGAUUCUUCUCGCAGAUCUUCAUGCACAAGAGCGCGAUGCAGAUGCACGCGAGGGAGCUCGGCGCGGCGGGUGCACUGACGGGGAGAGCUGGCGGCGGCGUUGCGGGCGGACUGGCGGGGCUGGGCCCGAUCGGCGUUGGACCGGGCGGGAUGAUCGCCGGGAACGAGGUAAAGCCGCACCAGUGCCAGCAAUGCCUCAAGUCGUUCUCCAGCAACCACCAGCUCGUCCAGCACAUCAGGGUCCACACCGGCGAGAAACCGUACAAAUGCAGCUAUUGCGACCGCAGGUUCAAGCAGCUCAGUCACGUACAGCAGCACACCCGCCUGCACACGGGUGAACGUCCGUACAAGUGCCAUCUACCGGAUUGCGGGCGGGCAUUCAUUCAAUUAUCGAAUUUGCAGCAACACCUUCGAAAUCACGACGCCCAGGUGGAACGGGCGAAGAACCGGCCGUUCCAUUGCAACAUCUGCGGCAAAGGCUUCGCCACAGAAUCCAGCCUUCGUACCCACACGUCGAAGUGUUCCAAGUACCCGUGGCAACGAUUAAAGGAGUUGCAACAGCGUGUUGUGUUCCAGCAACACGCCGCCCUGAUCGGCGGCCCCAACGCGACCAGCUGUCCCGUCUGCCACAAACUCUUCCUCGGUGGCGAAGCUCUCAUGGAGCACAUGAAGCACACCCACAAGGAUCCCAAUGCAUCCGGCGUUGCCAUUCCCUCCGCUGACUGCACAACCUCCGUUGCCGGGGUUUACCUAGCGAAGCGACGGACCGCCAACCACCCGUGUCCAGUGUGCGGAAAACACUACGUCAACGAGGGUAGUCUUAGGAAACACCUGGCCUGCCAUCCUGAGACCAGUCAACUAAGCACAAGCCUCAGAAUGUGGCCGUGCUCGGUGUGCCAAGCCGUCUUCACUCACGAGAGCGGUUUGUUGAGUCACAUGGAGCACAUGAGAAUGGACCCCAAGCAUCAGUUUGCGGCGCAAUACGUUUUAAGUCGCGCCGCCGCCGAGAGGCGAGAGAGAGAAAUCCUCGCGUCUUCGAGUUUAGGUGCGGGUUUGGGAGUGUUGGGAAGUCAAACAGGCGGACCUCAAAAUUUGCAACAACCACCAAUGUGCCCUUCGCCGUCGGCUCAUUCGGACAGCAGCAGUGGAAACGGAAGAUUAUCGUCAGCCGGUAGUGAACCUGACUUUUGCGCAGGUACCGGUCUGCUGAAUAACAACAACAAUAACAACAAUAACAACAUGGCGUCACCGGGGCCGAGCGGUAACAAGCUGAGCGAGAUGCUACGCGCUGGAAGUCAACCGGGCUCCGCGCAACAAUACCACGACGAGAUGCAGUCGCAGCAACAACGGAUGACGGCAGUGAUGGCAGCCGCCGCCGUGUCAGCGGGUUUGCAAAACUCGGUGUCACCGAAUCUGUCGCCGGUCGACAUGGCGUCCCUGGCGGCUGCGAUGAGGAUGGGCAACAACGGUGACAUGAGCGGCGGUGCCCAAGGAUCGACGGGGCCUCAACAGCAGGGAGUACAAGCUACCGGACCGGAACAAACUCUGAGAAUGCAUCAGGCGGAAGCGUUGCUGCGCUCUCAAGCCGAGGCCGCGCUCAGGCUGGCUGUGUCGCAAGCAGCAGCGGCGGCUGCCAGUUCCGCGGUCGGUGGGGACAUGAGACAUCAUUUGGGCCAGCAUAACGGGGGUAGCACCUCUGGCAUGCCUGGACACCACACGAACCAACAGAUGUCUCAACAAGACACCUUACCGCCUGACCUUGGGGAAGCGUUGCGAUUGCAAGAGCAACGAUUGGAACAAGCCUUGAGGCUUCACGGUGAUCCUCGGGCCUUGAGUUUCACUCUCCAGCACGUGGUCAAUCAGCAGAACAAUCAGCAACCAUGAAAAUUCAGUUACUACUGAGACGAGUGGACCCCUUGGACGUCGGAUCAGACGGGCCUGCAGCAAGUCGAACGACUGAAUCAGCAACCUCUUCAAGGGGUUGAACGUCAGUUGGCGCUCAACGAGCAACAACAGCAGCAAGGCUCGUCCGGCAUCGGUCUUCACCACCAUCAUCAACAGCAGCAGCAGCAGCAGCAGCAGCAUCAACACCAGCAUCAACAUCAGCAACAACAACAUCAUCAACAACAGCAGCAGCAGCAGCAGCAGCAGCAGCAUCAUCCUGAAGAUCGUGGCGUGAAGAGGAAGGCCGACGAUAUGAUCGGUAACUCUGACAACGUGUAAAGAACGACGUACAACUCGACGUGAAGAGAAAAGAAACGCGCGUUUGCGCGCGUUUUUCUUCCAUCGUCGAUUCUACGUCGAUUCUACGUGAACACGCGAGGCCGAGAAUAAGAAAAAAGGCGUUCAAGUGUGGUCAUCCGCGAAAUUAUUUCCGUCUCAGCAGUAGUAAACGAAAUUAUUAUUAUUAUUGUAUAUUCCAUAUACACACGAGGAACCCGGUGAUCCUGAAAAAUCGGGCCGAUUUCCACCCGAUUUUCGACCUCGGGGAGAAUUAAUAAUAUCCUAUUUCCGCUCGCGGCCCUCCUCGUGGGGCCGCGAAACGCGACCGGUGAAACGCUUCUCUCCGACAAAGACAGAGUGAGAAUCUUAAGGGGGGGGGAGGAGAGAAGGUUAACGGUCGAUAAAUACGUAUCUAGAUAUCCGUUACACGGUGCGUGAGGACGGCAACCAGCGGCCAAUGGUCUUUCUUCUUUCUCAGCAACGCGCGAAAAAUCUCAAAAUUCGCGCGGAUCACGUUGUUCCUACUUACUUCUUACGGUCCUGGAUCCUAGAGUUCCUAGAACGACGACGCUCGCCGCAACACGGGAAGGGGGGGGAAUCUCCUCGAUCGUCCCUCCCCGACUCGGCCCCUCGAGGGGGAGGGGGAGGGGGACGAUCCAGGAGGGAUCCUCUCUCCCCGUUUUCUCGAGCGAAUAAUCAUUGUUCUCGUUGAGUCGCUCUUCUCUCAGAAUUCGCAGGACUCAUUGGUCGCGCUGGUCGCCCGGAAUCACCCCUGAAACGUGCCAUAAUUAAUAAUCCGAACGAAUGAAACGAAAGAGAGAGAAAGGAAGGAAGGAAGGAAGGAAGGAAGGAAAAGAAAAGAAAAAGAAAAGAAACUUCUGAACGCGACUUCCGAGAAUCACUCCCCCCCUCCCUCCCUCCCCCCGGUGAGGUGAAAUUGAAAAAAAAAAUCCGCCGGGAAAAUUGAAGGAAGGGGAGGGGGAGGAGGGUCGAUCUCGGACAGGGCGCGGGCACUACGAUGGGUUUUUUUUAGUACAAGAGCCGAAACAAAAACACUUAGACUCUGUCCUAGAGAGACAAGGCAAAGCCUAGGUCUAAAGGGAUCAACAGGUCUAAGGCCACCGAGAGCGACAAGCGCCGAUAUCAGAUCCCGACGAUUCGGGCUUGAUCUCUCUAGGCUCAAAAAAAAAAAAAACAAAACUAAA